UUAAUUGAACAUGAGUGUGUAUACAUAUGUAUGGUGCACUUGGUAUGGAAGCUGACCGAAAUCGAAUACCAACCACGUUCACUUCCCAUAUAAAGGUCGCGUUCAAAAAAAAUUUUAAAUAUCUUUACAAAGUGUCACUAAAUCAAAAUAGGUAUGGCAACUCUGUAAUCUUAUCACAGAAACGACAGAUGAAUGAACCGACGAAUGAACAAAUGAAUAUGAAUCGUGUGCUCACAUAAUGAACAACAGCCAUAUGCACCCCUGCCAAAUGGAAUAAGCCAAGUAACCAACACUAGGCCAAGGCAGUGCAGUAAAUAAUAGUCUAGGUAUAUCCAAAGUUAGGUCGAGCUAGUCAAUGACCAUGCAGUAAGCAAUGCAUUCAUGCAAAAAUUUGCUACUGUGGUUGUUAACUACAUUCAAAAAUAUCGUUGCAUACUUUCGGCUGCUAUAAUAAACCUGUAUAUUGUGUUCGCUGUCUGACGUGUAGUGAUUGAUUUAAGACUAAAAGUGAACAUUGAAAAUACUGCCGAGCCUAUUAAUACCAAAACUUAAUUCGUCGAUUUGUAAGAAAACGCAGCUGGAAGGAAUUUUGUUUAUAAUUGACGCGUGGAAGUUUCAAUUGAUGUCGUCCGCUGCCUUCAAACAUUAUUGAAAAUCAACAAUUAUUUUUUAAUUGAAAUUAUUUAAAAAACGUUACCAUUAUGCCGCUUACGGCUUCAUCACUAAAACCGCAACAUAAAUAUACGCUCGAUGUUAUGAGCAUCGAUGGUAAUGACGGUCAUUACAAAAAUCAGCUAAAGUUUCAGCGCCACGAACAAAAUAAACAGUCACAUGAAAAAAAAAAACAGGAUAAGAAGCUGCAACAGUAUGAAACCACAUCAAUAAGUUUACUCAAAAAACAGCAAAUACAACACUUUCAACAGCUUCCAACAAAUAAACAAUAUCUGGAACAGGAGCAGGAGCAGCAGAGCCAGCAACAGCAAUACCAACGGGAGCGUCAUAACCAUAAGACGUUUAACAAUGCUCUGACAGAUCAUAUGGCAGCGGAUAUGAUUGGUACGAUAUCAUCGAAUGACCAGGAUUCAAACUCUGUGUCUCAACAAGAGAAAGAACAAUUAGAACAGUCAAUACAAUAUGGAAAUGUGGACUCUAAAAAUGUAUUAAAACAAAAGUAUACAAAUCAACAGAUUUUAGAAGUCUCUGCUAACUUGCAGUCAAGGCUACGUAAGCAACAACAAAGACGGCAGCCAUUACAAAAGGUAUUAUUAGCAAAUAAGCCGCAGCAACAACAACGUAAUGAUGUUAGUGUAAUUAAUACCAACCAUAACUAUAGUUAUAAUCAUGAAAUAAAAGUAAUCGGUCAUUUCAAUAAUAUCAAUAACAAAAACAUCAGCUGUGAUGGUGACGCUUUACAUGAAAACAAAAAUCACAAUAUCAACAGCAUUGGUGAACCCGAUAGCUUUGAAAGCGAAAGUGACGUUGGUAGUGUUGGUAUCAUUGGCGCUGGCGGGGUUAGUGCUUAUAAUGUUGAUGCCAAUUCUUUGAACGAAAUGAACGCCAGCAACUCUUUGACAACGACUGCUGCUAAUCCAUAUGCAGGUAGCAUGGCUUCAAUCACCAGCGAGCAACGGCUCUGUCAAUUAUAUAACUCGCAACAACACUCCGAUUACAUAAUAUCCGACUACAUGGAAAAAAUAGCUACGCGCAUUAGUUUAUUGGAAACAGAGUUGAAGUUUGCUUGGCGUGCUUUGGACUUACUGUCCGGAGAGUAUGGUAAGAUUUGGGCCCGUUUGGAGAAACUGGAGAAAAUAUCGACUGAGCAGCAAUCAGUUGUCAGCAAUUUAAUGGGUUUGAUAGCAUUGAAGAAAGAACAUCAGCAGCAACAACAACUCAAUCAAAACCACCAACAUGGUGCUGAGUAUGAGACACAUUUAGACUUUAUUGACAACGAUGCGGUCGAUCAACAGCGGCCCCUUUUUGACUAUCUUCUGCGUGAUGAGCAUUUGUUGAUGUCAAAUUUAGUUGAAGCCGAACAGCAAGCCAUUUUAUUGAAUAAUUCAGCCGCUGCUCUAUUGCAUGAUAUUACCAUGGAAGGUACAUCGAAACAUUAUAAUAAUCUAUUGCAGGAGUUAAAAAACGACACCUUAGACGCAUUGGAUGCUGUACGCAUGGACAGCGAACUGGAUGCACUCGGUAAGGUACUGCAACAGCAGACGAGCUUAACGUACGACGAAGGCGCUAUUGUCGCUGAUAGCGUUCAUUUUAAAGAAACAAAACCCGCCAAUAUGAUGUAUUCACUUGGUAGGCAAGAAAAUUUACAGUUAUCCGAUUGUUUUGAUGUGGGCGAUGGCGUUAAUCAUGUACUGUCAAAACUUGUUAAGCAUGACGAACUCAGUGGAUCACUUUCACCGUUAAGUAAUGUUCAGCAAAGAAAAUGCCAUCAAGUGGCUGCUGCAAUAACUGCAGCUAAACUAGCCAAGAACAAACUUUACUCGGAUUCAGAAGUACUGCUUUAUGAGCAGCAACAAAUGCAGGCAAAUGAUGCUAAAAGCGAAUUACUGCAACAAUUUCGGAAUAGCCGGCAAAUUCUGGAGAAGCUCGUACCCUGUGACAAUAAUGCGUGUAGUGACCGCCUACAACAUUAUACAACUGGAAUUAAUGCAGCCUUACAACAAACAGCAUCAGGCAGUGUGCUGAGUUUACCAUUUGUGUACGGGGGGAUUUUUGGCACGACUCGUAAAGUGGCAGAUGCGACACUACAAAAGGCACACUCAUUGGCACAUAUCAGACCGCAAAUAUUUAGCGAUGUAUCUGAUGAAAUGGCGUCAAAUUUAUAUGAAAACAACGAAGGUAGUGUGUCUGUCGACAAUAUAAAUGACAUUGAUAUGCCAUUGAGUGAUUUUGUUGAACAAGUUAAGUUUUUUCGGCAAGCGGCCUCUAAACAUGGCGAGGGCGGGCAACUGGUCGUGCCCAUAGAGGAUACGGGUGGGACAUGCAACAGAACUCUCCUCAAUAUUGGGAACAACAGUGAAAUGAACGAAGAAUUUUACAAAAAACUUAAUGAAGCGUAUCGCGAUAAUAGUCUGACUACGGAAAUUUCAAAUGUUGAGCGGUUGUUGCAGCAAUCGGAAGCGACACACGAACAUAUAUUAGGCGUAUUGGGUGCGCAUACGAAUUCCACGCUGGAUAUGAUCCGCGAGGAUAAUGAAGAGGCACCUGAGGGGAUCGUAUGUGGAAUUGGUGGUAUGAUGGAUAUUGCCGCUUCAGCCUCUUCACAACUAAUACCAACAACAAUAACCACAAAUUUAACUACUACAGCUGCAGAACCAGCAACAACAAAAUCAGUAACGAACAAGAUUAAAGAGACCAAGAAGCAAAAAAAGAAAAAACAUUACAAGGAUGAAAUGGAAAUGCUGAACAAUUUGAAAAGUGCAUUAGCGCAAACUGCUGUGGAUGAAAAUAUAAAUAAAAAAACGCCAAAAUAUUCUAACGGUUUCUUUAGCAGCGCCAAUGCAACUGGUCCUCCCAAUAUAGGUGAUCGACGCUCAACUGCUUCUUCAUCUGAAGAAGAGUAUAACGUUAUCGGCACCCAAUUUGACAGACAAGAUUAUUUCUUUUCCCAAUUAAAUGAGGAUAAAACUGUGGUUCUCGAUAGUACUGGCGAGAUAUUGCUUAUGGAGAUAAAUAAAAUUCAAGAUUUGCAAGUAUUGAGUGCUGCGCAAAUUCUUAAACUAAGACAAUUGGUUAAAAAUGAUAUUGCUUUUUUCGAAAAUAUCUACCAAGUCAAUAAUAAUCUUUUACUUCUGCUAUUAAAUCCCGUCACAAUUGCCGAAGAAAUGCGUGCUUUCGGUAAUGACAAGCACCGCAAAUUCGAAGUAGUAAUGAAAAAAUUAGAAAGAAACAUUGACACGCUGAAAAAAUUGGUCGGAAAUUCAUUUGAUGAUUACAAGCGAAAGUACCUGACCGACGCAGAGUUGACAUUGAUGCAAGCAGCUGGCGAACUCACCUGCGAUAAAAUUGAAACUGCAAAUAAAACUCCGAAAAAAUAUUUAAAAACAAAAAGAGGAGCAAUGAAACAAUCUAAAAUACCACUAGAUUACAAUGCUGAGGACACAGACUUUACUCACAUAACGGAUAAAAAAGAUAAGCUUUUGGAAAGUAGAAUCCCAUUGGAAAAUCAUAUGAGUGUUAAAAGUAGGACCAAUAAUAAUGCACAUUUCGAUUAUAGUGCGCAGUUAUUACGCAACAAUUCCAAUUUAGACGAACAACUUAAAAUAUUGGAAACACAGGAACAUGAAAUGCACCUUAAAAAAUUUCAUGACCCCACCAAAAAUGCGGGUAGCGGUAACAAAGGUGUGGACGGUAAUUCUAGUACAGACUUACAUCAGCCAUAUACCAGUUAUUUAAAUACAGAUAAUUAUUUGGUUGACAUGGAUGCAGAGUUUGAACGGAUGAUUUUGAGAACAUCAUCUAGUAAUAUGAAUAACAAAGCCCGAGAAAACCGUAUUUCCCAACCAGUUGGUCGAGCUACUUCUGCCACAAAUCUUUACAGCAAUGACGAGUACAUUAAGUCACUGAAGCGUAGCUUGGAACGGCACAACAGUAUGCUCUUCCUACUACAUUUGCAGAAUCCCGACCAUCAACAUAAAACUAAUGCAUAUCAAGAUGUUUUGGCUAUGGAUAUUGAUGGUAUUCUAUUAGCUGGAGUUGGAGGUAAGCAAAGUCCCCCACCGCCAGCACCGAAUGAUGCCCAAUCUGACGUGCCGCAUAAGCUAAGUGAGGAUGAAGUCGCUGCUGUUGACAUUUCAAUAUCAUCGAUGCCAGCCCUGAAUCCAUUUCAUCAACAGACACAAAUGGCGGGAUAUGGCAGUGCACAUCUGCAGAUUCAUCAUGCUGGGGGCUCACCAAAACAGACCAAAUCUGACUCCGGACUUUCAUCUAUGAGCGGUCUAUCCAGUUGGGAAAAAUCACCGAAUUCGCCUCUGUAUUGCGGGAGUAGCGCCGUUGUUAGUAUUUCUGAUAUAUGCAAUCCAUUCCUUAACAGUUAUCAAGGUAUUAAUAUGGAUAUGCAGCUCUUAAUGUCUAAAACCAUUUCAAUGAAUAACAGCAAAAACUUAAACUUAGACAAUUCUGGCUUAAUUACGGAUCUUGAUGGUAGCCUUGAUUUAGGUAUAAAUAUCACUGAUGUACAUUUAAAUGUUGAAAAUUCUGACAAAAAAUUGGUGACCACUACACAUGCCAUUACCAUACAAACUACUUGUUCCAUCAUACCGACCAUAAUCAACUCAACUAUUGCCACGUUCUCCAACACUCUCGAUAAAAUCAAACAGCAAAGUCAUUUGCAACAGCUGCUAACGUCACAGUUCCAACAUCAAAGUUACCAGCAAAAGCAACAACCUGAACUACACAAACAACAACAGAAGCGCCCACCUCAACAAACCGAAAAAGAUUAUAUGCUUAGCGAAGAGAAUCUGAAUUAUAUUCGUGAAUUAUCAAAGAACAUGCCCAUAUGUUCGGUAUACGAGAACAAAUCUAUUUUUAAUAUAUUGAAAGAAGAUACCUUGGAUGACAACAUUCGAACUGUGGAUGAAAUGCUUGAAUGGGAUAAUCAGCAACAAACACAAAAACAACAGCCAAAUAUAUCAUCAACUACCAGUAGAUCUGUGGACUCAAACCGCCGUAUUCCUGACCUCUUGCGCACACCCGUCUAUGAACUGACGUCUACAGGUAGUAGAAAUUCUUCUACAAGUUCGUACGAAGAAACUGAAAUUGAUAGGAUCGCAUUGCGUGAGUCGCAAACACGUAAACAACAUCUUACAGACCGUCUGGUAUAUUAUCCAACAUUUAAUGGGAUUACUGAUUAUAACAGCAGUAAAAAUUUGGAUUAUUUGGGCAAAAAUAACUUUGAAUAUCGUCGGCAAUUCCAGCAUCAACAAUUGCAGCAGCGGCAGCACUAUCUCGCUUCUAGAUGUGUAAAUGUCCUUGGUUAUGCAGAUACGUUGUCAUCGCCAAUUGAACCACCACGAAAGGCACCACAGCACCAGCAACAGCACUGGUUGCAAACACAUCGUCCAGCAUCAGUUGCCACUCAUGAACUAUACAAUCAUCAAAUGCAAGAAAGAAAUAAUUUAACUGGUACUCUCGCAUAUGCAUUGCAACGAAUGCCGUCCAAUUCAAAUCAAAGCAUCGAUACAGAAUUGCCUAUGUUUAUAGAUCCAAAUACCGCUUAUUUUAGUGUUACACCGCGAGAUGGUGCGACAGCACAUGGUAUAAUGGUAUCCUCGGCAUCUGCUGCCGCAAUUGGGUUGGAUGGUGGUAUAUCCACUUUGAGUACCUCUGUGAACAGCAGUGCUGUUGCUAGGCAAUCUAUUUUCCAUAAGCCUCCUAAAGUUUGGAAUAGACUCACCAAUUUUCUCCCGGAAAGCUUUAAACUGAAACGGUCACCGACAUACAGCCGCUCGCGGUCUUUACCCACUGGAUAUGAUAAUGAAAUGCACGGUAAUAAAAUUAAAGUUCGUGGCCAAGCUGGCUCUUAUCCUUCUGUUGCCGGUCACAUCACUCCCAAAAUGCCAAAUUCACACAUCAAAUCUAAUGGACGAGAUGUGUCAGAGUUCAUGGUAUAUAAGAUGACGGCUUCAACGAUGUCAACUGGCGGCCAGCAGCGUGGAAUUAAGCAUUUGGGAGGCAGCUUUGACUUUUCGAAACGCUUUCACAAGUUGCCUUUGCAGCUGAUGCAGCGUGCUACACAUCCGGGCGCACGCGCGGUUGUUAGCACAUCUACAUCAUCCGCAACUGCUGACACUGGUUUAGCUGGUGGUACCAGCAUUAAGAAGGCAAUGGUCGGCAAAGGCCACAAGACACGCUCAAAAUUUUCCGUAACUGUGAACAAUUUCAUGCAGAAAGCAAGAACUUACCGGCGGCGCAAGUUUGUGACCCAUGGUAGGAGUGGUGUUGAGAUGGCGGUGGCGGUGGCCAAUGUAUCAGACACCGAGGCAGAUUUACCUAGUUUCACAUCAUCGGACAACGAAGACUCGAUAGCGAAUGAACUUGAAGAAUUAAGUGCGGUUGCAACCGAAGAACGUACUUUUGGUGAGCAUAGGGUACAAGCGUUCGAUGAAUAUAAAACGCUGUUACCAAAACGCCAUAAACAACACAUAAAACUGCUGCAACAGAAACAGCUACAACAAGAAGAACUGAAUGUGAAAUUGCUCAGGAAAAAAAUCCACUCCGGAAAAGAUGACCGAGAACAAGACUACGAAGAAGACGUCCCUUCUUUUGGAGAAAUUGGUGAAUUUAUUGGUAUUAGUGCUAAUGGCGAAGAGCAAGGUCGCCACCAAGAGAACGAAAUUGAUGGGGACAUUGAUGCAAUAGCUAUGAGUAUGUUCCCUCAAAUAUGCCAAUUAAAUCCUAAAGAAUCAGCAACAAGUAAUAUAGAAAAAGAAGUUACUGCUUCGCAGUCGCCGCUAGCAUUACAUUUGGAUCAAACUAUGACCAAUGAUAGAAGUAAUAUCUUUCCUGUUAUGAGCGACAUUAGACGUCAGCAGCAAGAUCAAGGCAAAGUGCUAAAAGAAACAAGCGAUACAACAUUCACACCUGCUACUACUAAAGAACCAGUGCCGGAUUCUCGCCUUCUACCAAAACCUAUGAUGUUAUAUAAAAGUGCUUCCAUUUGUGUAGAUAAUGAAGAAUGUGAUUACAGCGGCAGAGGUAUGACCGUGCAACCACAAAUGCAGCCAGUAUCCAUAAUCUCUUCAGAAUGCAAUAAAGCACCAUAUUUAUUUAUAACAAAAAUUAAUAAUGACUUCGAAGACACCAAUAUGAACACAAUGCCUGACAUGGAAUAUAAGUUGAAUGGACAUGGUCAGCGCAGCCUUUCAACACAACAAUCACUAGAUGUACCAGAAGCAGCACUACAUGAAGAAGACGACAACCGUAGUCAACAUUCGUAUCGCACUUUGUCGUCAUCGCGUCGUCAAAGUACCGAAGAUAGCAUCGACACCGAUGAUGAAUACUUUUGUUAUGAAUUGCGGCAGUUGGAAGAAUUGGAACAGCAACGCAAAGCUGAAAUCGAACCCGUAACGUUUGAAGCAAAUCACUCAGUUGACAACGCCCAACUGUUCUCUCAAAUCGAUCAAUUGGCGAUAAGCAGUACAACUGGAUAUCAUGAUGAUAGAGAACGCGAUUUCUUAUCUGAUGAAUAUGCAGCAGACGAGAACGUGAAACAAGUAAUGUCCGAAGUUUUGAAAGAAUUGAAAUAUGUUGUCAAACAGCUACCAGCAAUAGAUGACGCUAAGCUGGAGACAGCGAUAAAAGCUACAACGAAACCCCAACAUUCACAUGGACGCAGCUCGACAAAAUCAAGCAUAAGUACUUCCGAAAGAAUAACUAAAGUGGCGGAUAUACAUAGUGCUUGGCAGGAUACCAAAGGAGACGAGUUGCAACUCAAUUCUUCUGAUGCUGAUGCGGAGGAAUAUGCCUGUGUGGAUGCUGCCAGCAGCGAUGCUUUGGAAGAGACUACAACAUUUCAUGCCAUAAAGAGCAUCGAAGACCCUGUUCCGCAGGAUUUUGAGAAAUGCCAGCAGCAUCAGCAGCGUCAGUUUACACAGCAGACACAUAAUCUAAUAGGGAGUGAACGUAUAGGGCCCCAUAAACGUUUUCGAAAACGACGAGACCGCCGUCGUACGAACGACAGUUGUUUUGACAAUGAAGCUAGCCAAGAACUGCAUCAUUCCACAAGCUCCUCGUAUUCAUCGGAAGAGGAUGCUGCCAGCGCUACGAAGCGUUAUAAAGAGAAAACAAAAUCUGCUCCAAGACGUGGUAGCAGUAGCAGUGAUAAGCAAAAACGUGUGUAUGUGACACAGGUUAUGCCACAUGAACCCGAGUUCCAUAGUGAACCCAUAAAAAGGGAAUUACAAUUAAUUCAAACUAUGCAAUCAUCAAUUGAUAACGGUGUUGUUGCAGCUGAUGAAAAUCUCGAUGAUGAAGAGUCGAAAAAUCUGAGUAUGUCAUCCGGUGCCACACUUGGUCCAGAUACACCAGCUGAAUUAAGUGAGGAAUUGGAAGGCGACCAGCGAAUAUUUAAGACUGCACCAAGCUACCAAGCAUUUAGAGAUAAUCAGGAAAGAACAGAAAUAGUUACCGAAAACACGCAAUUGAAAGCUAGAGAAACCAAUAUUCCUAUCUCUGCUCAGAUUGACUUUAAAAAUAUCUCGGCCCCAGCAAAUAACAAUACCGAACUCGAUUUGAUCCAAGCAGAAAAAGAAAGAGAAGUACAAAAACAACAAGCGAAACUUUCCAUACGAUUCCUAAGUCAUGAUUCUAGUGUUGAAGGUUCUCAAGUAACUAACGCAGCUGUACUUGGAAGUAGCAAAUGGAAGCUUUUGAAAACUCUUAAAGAACGUAAAAUAGAAGAGCAAAAUAAUCAGGAAAAAAUUAAAGACGAUGAGCUCACAAAAGAUCGGGAAAAGAAUGGCAAUGGCUCUGGAGAUAUUGGUAUACGGGGCAGUGGGCAUCCUGGAGAUAACCCGUUCUACAGUAAUAUCGACAGCAUGCCGGAUAUUCGACCACGCCGAAAAUCAAUACCGCUUGUAUCUGAACUUACUAUGGCUGCCACGAAGCGCAAUGCCGGAUUAACGUCAGCUGUACCUCGAGCAACAUUGAAUGACGAAGAACUGAAAAUGCACGUCUACAAGAAGGCUCUACAAGCGCUUAUAUACCCAAUUUCCUCGACAACACCCCAUAAUUUCGUGCUAUGGACAGCGACAUCACCAACGUAUUGUUACGAAUGUGAGGGACUAUUGUGGGGCAUCGCCCGACAAGGAGUUCGCUGUACAGAAUGUGGUGUCAAGUGUCAUGAAAAAUGCAAAGACCUUCUAAAUGCUGAUUGUCUCCAAAGAGCUGCAGAAAAGAGCUCAAAACAUGGAGCAGAAGACAAGGCCAAUUCGAUUAUAACAGCUAUGAAGGAUCGCAUGAAGCAGCGCGAGCGGGAAAAACCAGAAAUCUUUGAAUUAAUACGGAUGACAUUUGGUGUGGAUCCAGAUACACACAUAGAUUCAUUAGAACAAGCCGAGGGUGCAACUGUUGAGGGAACAUCAAAAUGGUCAUGCAAGUUGACAAUUACAGUGAUUUGUGCUCAAGGCCUGAUAGCGAAGGAUAAAAGCGGUACCAGUGAUCCCUAUGUGACGGUGCAAGUUAGCAAGGUGAAAAAGCGUACACGUACAAUGCCACAGGAGUUAAAUCCUGUGUGGAACGAGAAGUUUCACUUCGAAUGUCACAAUUCUUCGGACCGGAUAAAGGUUCGCGUUUGGGAUGAAGACAACGAUUUGAAAUCGAAAUUGCGACAAAAGUUAACUCGGGAAUCGGAUGAUUUUUUGGGUCAGACCAUCAUCGAAGUGCGCACACUUUCUGGAGAAAUGGACGUCUGGUACAAUUUGGAGAAGCGUACCGACAAAUCAGCGGUGUCUGGAGCCAUACGCCUGCAUAUCUCUGUCGAAAUAAAAGGCGAGGAGAAGGUCGCUCCGUACCAUGUUCAGUACACAUGUUUACAUGAAAAUCUGUUUCACUAUUUGUGCGAAGAAAACGGUGGCAUGGUAAAAUUGCCCCAACAAAAAGGUGACGACGCUUGGAAACUAUAUUUUGAUGAAAUACCGGAGGAGAUCGUCGAUGAGUUCGCGAUGCGCUAUGGUAUUGAAAACAUUUACCAGGCAAUGACACAUUUUCAUUGCCUAUCCACUAAGUAUUUAUGUCCUGGAGUUCCAGCUGUGAUGAGUACGUUAUUAGCGAAUAUAAAUGCUUAUUACGCGCACACGACUGCAUCAUCGGCCGUAUCUGCUAGUGAUCGCUUCGCCGCAAGUAAUUUCGGGAAAGAGAAAUUCGUUAAGUUAUUGGAUCAGCUGCACAAUUCGCUACGCAUUGACCUCUCCAUGUAUCGCAACAAUUUUCCUGCAUCCAGUCAAGAAAAACUAAUGGAUCUUAAGUCAACUGUUGACUUAUUGACCAGUAUCACAUUUUUUCGCAUGAAGGUGCAAGAACUGUCUAGCCCUCCACGAGCGAGUACAGUGGUCAAGGAUUGCGUAAAAGCUUGUCUUAGAUCCACCUAUCAAUUCCUCUUCGAAAAUUGUUAUGAACUCUAUAAUAGGGAAUUUCAGGUGGAUCCAAACGAAGCAAAACGUGACUCUGACGACCACGGCCCUAAGUUGGAUAAUGUUGAUUUUUGGCAUAAGUUAAUCGCACUAAUUGUCUCCGUUAUCGACGAGGAUAAAAACAGCUAUGGCAACGUACUGAAUCAAUUCCCACAAGAAUUGAAUAUAGGACAGCUCUCAGCAGCGACGAUGUGGGGUCUAUUCGCGGUCGAUAUGAAGUAUGCAUUGGAAGAGCAUGAACAACAUCGCCUUUGCAAAUCGUCAGCAUAUAUGAAUCUACAUUUUCGGGUAAAAUGGCUUUACAGUAAUUAUGUGAAGGAGGUCCCACCAUACAAGGGAGCUGUUCCUGAAUAUCCCGCCUGGUUCGAGCCGUUUGUCAUGCAAUGGUUAAAUGAAAACGACGACGUGUCGUUAGAAUAUCUACAUGGUGCGUUCAAUCGUGAUAAGAAAGAUGGGUUCCAAAAGAGCAGCGAGCAUGCCUUAUUUUCAAACUCAGUAGUUGAUGUAUUUACUCAAUUGACGCAGUGUUUCGAUGUUGUUAGCAAACUCGAGUGUCCGGAUCCAGAAAUCUGGAAGCGUUACAUGAGACGUUUUGCUAAAACAAUCGUAAAAGUUCUGAUCGCGUACGCUGAUAUCGUCAAAAGAGAAUUCCCUGAGCAUAUGAAAGAUGAAAGAAUUGCGUGCAUACUUAUGAACAAUAUACAACAACUGAGAGUUCAAUUGGAGAAAAUGUUUGAAUCAAUGGGCGGUGAUAAGCUGGAGGAAGACGCUGCAAAUAUUUUAAAAGAAUUACAACAAAAUCUUAACUCAGCAUUGGAUGACUUAGCAUCACAAUUUGCUGUUAGCCUCGAACCACGUAUAACACAGUCAGUACGAGAACUAGGAGAUCUGCUGCUCUCUAUAAAAGGUGGCGGUAAUAUUAAUUCCAAUCAAGCGGCGCAGAGGAAUGCGGUUGCUGUUGAAGCUGAUGAAGUACUUCGGCCACUAAUGGAUUUGUUGGAUGGAUCACUAACCCUUUAUGCUCAAUCCUGUGAGAAGACCGUUCUCAAACGGUUACUCAAAGAGCUAUGGAAAAUUGUUAUGCGUAUUCUAGAAAAGACUAUCGUAUUACCUCCAAUGACUGAUAAAACUAUGAUGUUUAAACAUCUAACGGAUAAUGCUAAGAAUCUUGCAUCGAAUGCCAAAAUCGAAGACAUGGGUAGACUAUUCAAAAGUCAUAUGGCCGGUAAGCAAGAUGUGAAGAGCGCUCUUAGUGGUGUAAUGGACAUAUCCAAAGAAGUGGAAAAGAAUUUAUCACCUAAACAAUGUGCUGUACUUGAUGUAGCUUUAGAUACCAUAAAGCAAUAUUUCCAUGCUGGUGGUAAUGGGCUAAAAAAGACGUUCCUCGAAAAAUCAUCAGAGCUGCAAAGUUUACGAUACGCCUUAAGUUUAUACACACAAAUGACGGAUACGCUUAUUAAGACUUUUAUUUCGAGUCAAGUACAUGAAAUUGAUCCAGAAAAUCAGGAAGAAAGCGUCGGUGAAAUAUCAGUACAAAUUGACCUGUUCUCGCAUCCCGGUACUGGCGAGCAUAAAGUUAAUGUUAAAGUAGUUGCAGCGAAUGAUCUCAAAUGGCAAAUUGCUUCGGGCAUGUUUCGCCCGUUUAUUGAAAUUAAUUUAAUAGGACCUCAUUUACAGGAUAGGAAGCGCAAAUUCGCUACAAAAUCAAAAUCCAACAACUGGUCACCAAAGUACAAUGAAACCUUUAAUUUCACAAUCGGCAACGAAGAGCAGCUGGAGUUUUUCGAAUUACAUAUCUGUGUAAAGGACUAUUGCUUUGCUAGAGAAGAUCGCCUAGUAGGUGUUGCUGUCAUACCCCUCAAAGAUAUAUCGGAGAAGGGUUCGGUAGCCUGUUGGCUACCCUUACAACGUCGUAUACAAAUGGACGAGACGGGCUGGACUAUUUUACGUAUUUUAUCACAACGUAAUAAUGAUGAGGUGGCCAAGGAGUUUGUCAAACUUAAAUCGGAAAUACGCCAAGAACCUAUAAUGGGUACAUAACUUGGCGAAGUAAUUACUAUAACUACUAUAACGGAAAGCUUCAAAAUAACAUAAAAAAGUUAGUAAAUUUAAUUCAAGAAGUAUGCUGUAGAAAUCACAAUUAAUGUAAAAAUGUAAUAAGAUAUACAUACAUUUAAUAUAUUGUAAUAAUAUUGGAAAUAAAUAGUAACAAUAUUAAUUCCAGAAUAUAAUUAAUAGUAAAAAUAAUAAAAAAUACACAGUUAUUUAUAUCACCACAUGGUUAUCAGUAUUACUAUUCAAUUUAUAAAAUUCAAAGAAAUAAAAACAUCCACUUACUGCGGCAUCUAAUCCUAUUAACCAAAUAAUAACUCCUAUUGUAACUAUUAUAAAUAUGUUUUAAAAGUGUACAAUUAAAUCAAACUAUUCCAUUCUCAUUAAAACAUUUUCUUAUAUGUGCAUACUGCAUUACAUAUAUAUGUAUGUAUGUGUGCAUUUGCUAAAAAUUCAUAUGCACAAUAUUGCCGAUUAAUAAUUAAGAACAAAAAAUAACGAUGUAAAUAUCCAUAUAUAGUAAACAAAAGACGAAACCCAAAA